GCGACAGCCUCGAGAGACGUGGCCCGAGAAACAUGCUUUCGCGAAGCAGCUGGAGGCUGCCCUUGCACUCAACGUCCAGGUGAUCCAGAUAUCCCUACGGGUAUGGGGUUCCGUUUCGGCACUUCCGAAAGCAAUGACCAUUGAUUGGUUGAAGGAGGAUCCAAGCCUUCGUGUCUUGUUCGAUGUCAUGACGGAAGCCUGGGGAGAGGAUCCUCCUGAAGAUGCUGAUCCUGAGGGGGGUGCCCCGGCUGCCUCUUUGGAUGUUGUGCCAAGUGACGAUCCAUAUGCAGCCACAGACGAAGCAGGAUCGUCGCACGAGGCUGAGGUUUCGCCUGGAGCUUCCCACGAGGCUUUGUCGGCUCACCCGCAUGGGCUUCAGGCUUUGCUUGCUGAGCUGAAUGACACAGGUUCGCACGAAGCUUCCCGCGAGGCUUUGCUUGGUGAGCCGAAUGGAACAGGUUCGCUAGGAGCUCCGCACGAGGCUUUGCUUGGUGAGCCGAAUGGGACAGGUUCGCAUGGAGCUUCACAUGAGGCUUUGGAUAGUGAGCUAGAGUCAAUCGCAGCGAAGAUGCAGGUCUUGCCCAGUGCUGUGGCCGACGACGGCAAGGCUGCUGGCGAUGGCCAUGGGCAAGAAGAUGACGAAUCCUUUGAUGUCGCCGACUACGAGGUGGCCGCGGGCGAGGCAGAGGCGGUCGUGGUGGCCGUGGACGAGCAAGCAUUGCCUCGGAUGGCGAAGCCCGAUGAUACCGAACUCGAAACCCCGGAUAAGGAAGAGGCCCCCAAGAAGAAGGCCGGCCAGUCCGCUGUGGAGAAGCCCAAAGCUACUCCCAAGCCGAAAACCAAAGCGAAUCCUAAAGCUAAGGGAUCCAAGACAGCACGCAAGGAGCCGGAGCCAAAGGCAUCGGAGAAUGACAAGGAGGAGGAGGCACAGGAGGAUGAGAAGCCCAAAGCUAGUCGGAAGCCCAAAGCCAAAGCGAGUCCCAAGGCUAAGGGAUCCAAGACAGCACGCGAGGAGCCAGAGCCAAAGGCAUCGGGUAAGGGUGAUGAUAAGAAGGAGGGGGCACAGCAGGAUGAGGGCACCAAGAAACGCAGACGACUCGACGCAGAUGAUAAGUCUUUCGCGGGAAGACCCAAGCCAAAGACAGAUGAUGCACUCAACCGGUUUAUGGCCAUUCGGGAUAUCUACAACAGCAAGAUCCAGUUGCAUUUCGGAGCCAGUCAGCAGGACGCUUUCUGGUCCCUUGCCAAGCCCCGGAUGAAGAACAAGAGCAGCAUCGCCGACUACAAGAAGAUCGCCGCCAAGGCUGCCCAGGAGUUCCUCUUGGCAAACCCUGUGUGA